UUAUGUGCCACAGCAGCGUGUCAGUGGGGCAGAGCUCCACACAUGAUGAGGCAUGUGGUGCAGCUGGAGAAGGGCUGCCAGGCUGGGCAUCAGCAGAAUGUUGGCUCAGGACAGUCAGGCAGUACCCUUGGCUCACCGUGCACCCUGCUGCCUGUGGCAGGAGCCCACCCACCAUGGUGAGCCCAGCAGAAGCCCUUUAAGUGUUGGCAAUAAUGGCGUCUCCCACUGCCUGCAGACGCUUGGGCUCCUGCCAGUGUUAUUUAUCAGCCUGUCCCUUCCUCCUUCCCGCCCGCCCUCCUCCCGGGCUGGGACCAGCCCAGCCAGCAGGGCUGCGGUGGGAGCUGCUUCGGGGCUCCCAGCGCCAUCAGCUCGAGUGCAUGGCCAGGUGACUACUGGACCAGGACGACCUCUCCUUGCCACCAGACCAGGUCAGUACUGGAGCUGUGUGGCCGGGACGGCCACAGAAGGACUCAGCGAUGCUGGGGCUGUGGCACAAGAUGCAUCGGGGCUGGUGAGCAGGGCACCUGUGGUGGGGAACAGCCCCAUGGGGCUUCAUCCACCCGAGGGGCUGGGCCAGCAUGGAGCCAGCCGAUGCCCUCUCCAAUGCCUCCGGUAAUGGCAGCAGUGGCAGCAGUGCCCCACACUCACCUGCAGCCAUGGGGCUCAUCCUGCUGGCCGCCCUGGCUGUCCUGCUGGCCACUGUGUUGGGCAACACGCUGGUGGUGGUGGCCAUCUCCACCAGCCGUGCCCUGCGGGCCCCGCAGAACCUGUUCCUGCUGUCCCUGGCCUCAGCGGACAUCCUUGUGGCCGUCCUCGUCCUGCCCUUCUCGCUGGCCAACGAGCUGAUGGGCUACUGGUAUUUCGGGGGCCUGUGGUGCAGCCUGUACCUGGCGCUGGACGUGCUGCUCUGCACCUCCUCCAUUGGGCACCUCUGCGCCAUCAGCCUCGACCGCUACUGGGCCGUCACACGCGCGGCCCGGUUGAACCUGCGCCGCAGCCCUGGGCGUGUGAAGGGGAUGAUCGGGGCGGUUUGGGCUGCGGCGGCCCUGGUGGCACUGCCACCGCUGCUGUGGGCCCGGCCGGGUGGUCGCGAGUGCCAGCUGAGCCAGGAGACAUGGUACGUGCUGGCCUCCUGCACUGCAUCCUUCUUCGGGCCCUGCCUCAUCAUGGUCACCAUGUACUGCCGCAUCUAUCGCCUGACCACCCGCAGGGCUGCAGCCCUCCUCGCCACCCGCUCCCUGCGCCUCGCUGCUGCCAGCAAGACGGAGCCAGGGAUGAGGAUGUUGGGCUGGAGGCACCGGAACCAGCACCAGAGCGUGUUGCUGUGCCGCCGCCGGCUGAUGCGGGUGCAGGAGCGGCGCUUCACUGUGGUGCUGGCUGUGGUGAUGGGUGCCUUUGUGCUGUGCUGGUUCCCCUUCUUCUUCACCUACAGCCUGGGGGCUAUCUGUGGGGAUGGCUGCCACAUCUCCAAGCCCCUCUUCAGCUUCUUCUUCUGGAUCGGGUACUGCAACAGCAGCCUCAACCCCCUCAUCUACACCCUCUUCAACCGGGACUUCCGAGCUGCCUUCCGACGGCUUCUCGCCAUCCCCUGCCAGCACCGCACCUAGGGACACACCAGCACAUGGGGGAUGCAGCUCCCAGCCCUGCUUGCAGCUGGCAGUGCCCGGCCCCACCAUGGACCCUGGACUGCAGCGCUGGGGAGCACCUCAAGGUACUUUGGAAAUGAGGGUUUGAAUAAAACGAGGCCAAAGCCUGUGCCCAGGGCUGGCAUCUGCCUCCCAGGAGCCCAGUGAGCGGGAGCCAUCACCAGGCCUGCUGUGACCCAUCUGUCCCCCUUGCAGCAUGGGUGACCUGCCAGUGAUGACAACUCACCAUGGCAGCUCUGGGAAGCGCCAGCCCUUCCAUUGGCAGGCAAACCCCAGUUCCUCUCCCCAUCUCAUGACACCCAGCAUCCUCAUGCAGGGGACAGACCCCAGGCUGCUGCAGGGAUAUGAAACCCCCCACAUAGCAGUGUCACCAGUGCCAGGGUGAGCUGGCCAUGCCACCGCAGCAACCCAGUCCAAGACCUGUGCCAUUCAGCCAAGGGCAUCCCCUCUCGCUUCCCAUCAGCAUGUAGCUGUGCCAUGCUAUGGGGGUUCUGUGGGUGGUAUGAGGGGUGUGGGGCUGGGGUGGGACACCUCACAUCCUGCUCAGGGGCUUCACUGGGAUCUUGCUGCAGGAGGGAAAGGAGGAAUGACAUCACAGGGCUGGAAAUGCCGUGUCCCUUGGGAGAGUGUGGAAGAUGGCACAGCAUGGGAACAAGCUCCGGCACAGCCUGAGUUGCAAGAGGCCACCAGGGGAACUACAGGGUGAAGACCCGGGGUCAACCACAUCCCCCCAGGGGUGGCAGGGGCCCUGCACCCGCCCUGCCUUGCUCACUGCCCUGUGCUGCGCCGACACCCAGGGGUCAGGAGCUGCUCCACUUCUCCAGCUUUAUGCUCAAAAUAGAAAACCUCCAAACAUCGGACUUUCACUCAUCUAAAAACAGCCACUGGCACCUGGGAGAUGGAGCCCAAGGAAUGCCAUUCCCCACCGUCCCCCAUGUUCCCUGCUGGGGUGGGUGCAGCUGGUCAGAGGGUCUGGAAGGGAUAGGGGUACUCGCAGAGGCAAGGAUCCCAUGGCCAUCUCCUGCACCUGCUGGCCCUACACAUGGAGGCUUGUGGCAUGAAUUUUGGGGUCAGUGGAAGCUCCCAGUGGAACGGUGCUGGGAUGGGGGCCUCGCACUGAUCCCCUGGAUAUGGCUGGUCCUGGUGGUUGGAGCCCGGCUGGCCCUGUCUGCCGAAGGAGCUGCCCUAUCGCUGCUGCCUGGCUUCCCCUCUGUGGUCGCCUUUCUCCUUCUCAUAAUUAAACAGCAGUUUGCUUCUAAAAAUA